ACAAACAUAACCAAUAAUUUUAUCAGAGAUAGAUUCUGUAAGAAACCUGGCAGAGAAGCUCGUGAACUGAAGAGAAGAAAAGAAGUGACAUUGAGUCGGUGAUUCUUUCCGAUCGAAUUGCGAUCAUCUUUUUUUAUAUUUCUAGCAAGAUGCCAGAACGUGCUAAAGCUUUGAAUAUGCACGUAGUGAAGCGCGAUGGAUGGGUGGAAACUCUUCACUUGGAUAAGAUUACUGCGCGACUUAAGAAACUUAGCUAUGGGCUUAGCAGUUACCGCUGUGACAUUCUCCUGGUAGCUCGUGAAGUUUAUGCCCGUGUCUAUGACGGAAUCACCACGAGUCAAGUUGACGAGUUGGCUGCUGAGACUGCUGCUUCCAUGGCUUCUGGCUGCAAGGAUUGCUGUCUCAAAUCUCCAGAAGAACACACAGAAAUCAUUUUCUGAGACGGUUGCGUACAUGUACAAUUAUGUCAAUGAGGGAUCGGGACUGAAUGCUUCUCUAAUAGCUGAGAAUGUAUUUUCGAUAGUUUCGGAGAAUGCUAAACGUCUGGACAGGGAGAUGGUAUAUGAUCGUGAUUUUGAAUAUGAUUACUUUGAAUUUAAGACGCUUGAGAGAUUGUACCUCUUGAAAGUCCAAGGGAAAGUCGUUGAAAGGCCUCAGCACAUGUUGAUGAGGGUUGCUGUUGGCAUCCAUCUGGGAGAUAUUGAUUCUGCAAUCAAAACUUACCAUUUGAUGUCUAAGAGAUUGUUCACUCAUGCAUCUCCUGCUCUCUUAAACGCAGGCUCGCCAAGGCCUCAAUUGAGCAGCUGCUUUCUUACCUGCAUGAAAGAUGAUAGCAUCGAGGGCAUAUACGAUACAGUCAAAGAGUGUGCUGUUCUACGCAAGUCUGCAGGCAGUAUCGGUGUUUCUGUUCAUAACAUCCGUGGCACAAAGGGAAUCUCUUAUGGUAUUGGUAAAAUGCUGGAUGUUUUCAAAGCUACUACUCGUUUUCUUGAUCAAGGAGGAGGUGAAGGAGGAGGCGUUACAGUAUACCUGGAGCCAUGGCAUGCUGAUAUCUCUGAGUUUCUAGAUCAUCUUUGGAAGAGCCACGGAAAGGAGAAGCACAGGGCUAGAGACUUGUUUUAUGCUCUCUGGGUUCCUGAUCUUUUCAUGGAGAGAGCCCUUGGGGAUGAGCAGUGGUCACUGUUUUGUCCUAAUGAAGCUCCAGGUUUAGCAGAUUGCUGGGGACCGGAAUUUGAGAGACUGUACACAAAGUAUGAAAGAGAGGGAAAGGCAAAGAAGGUCGUUAAGGCGCAGGAGCUUUGGAAUGAAAUCGUGACAUGCCAGCUAGAAACAGGAAUGCCAUACAUGCUUUUCAAGGACUCAUGCAACAGAAAAAGCAAUCAGCAAAAUCUUGGUACCAUAAACUCCUCCUCCGGCUUAUGCAGUGGAGUUAUUCAAUACAGCAGUCCAACAGAAACAGCUGUGUGCAAUCUUGCAUCCAUUGUUUUGCCCAGAUUUGUUAGGGAUAAAGAUGUUCCAAUGGACUCUCAUCCCUCUGAGCUUGCCGGCAGCCUAGGCUCAAAGAAUCGUUACUUUGAUUUUCACAGCUUAGCCAAGGUCGGACAGAUGCUAACACCUUCCUAUUUGCUUCAUUUGACCUUAAAAUCAGAUUCUCAACGGAUCUUUCUGAUGUGAAUUUAUCGUUGUUACUUUUGUGUGGCCAGGUAACUGCUAGUCAUGUUACUAAUGAUCUCGAUAGGAUAAUAGACGCAAAUUACUAUCCUCUAGAGAGUGCAAAAACUUCGAACAUGCGUCAUAGGCCUAUUGGUAUUGGUGUACAAGGUCUUGCAGACGUCUUUAUCCUCCUUGGAAUGCCAUUUGAUUCUCCGGAGGCCCUACAACUGAAUACGGAUAUAUUUGAAACCAUAUACUACCAUGCUCUCAAAGCAUCUUCAGAGCUUUCUGCAAGAGAUGGCGCGUAUGAGACAUAUAAAGGAAGUCCCAUGAGCAAGCGUGUAGGGGAUUCUUCAACCUGACAUGUGGAAUGUGACUCCAUCAGACCGUUGGGACUGGGAUUUUCUUAGGGAUAUGAUAUUAAAGAAUGGAGUGAGGAACUCUCUUUUGGUAUCAUUGACUGGGAACAACAAAGGUUUGGAGCCUUGUGCAUCAAACAUCAUCAAUCACGGAGGGUCAAGGUUUGUAUAUUAUUAAAUCAUUAUGACAUUGGUACAUUUUUGUAACUGUUUUACUCAUUUUGUCUGUGGCUUUUGUUCAGUGGUGAAUUCACAAUCGUGAAUAGGCAUCUUCUUCACGAUUUAACUAAUAUGGGAAUUUGGUCUCAGAGAAUGAAAAAGGUUUUCACUAGUGAGAAUGGUUCUAUAGGAAAUAUCCCAGAGAUACCUGAUGAUCUGAAAGCAAUUUACAGAACUGCUUGGGAAGUUAAAAAAAGAACUUUGGUCAAGAUGGCUGCUGGUCGUGGAGGCUAUGUAGAUCAAAGUCAAAGCUUUAACAUUCACUUGAAUGAACCGAGCCGCCUCAAUGUCACUGACUUGCACUUCUACACUUGGUUUCAGGGUUUAAAAGUCGGGAUGCAGCACCUGCUAUUACGUGCUACAAAGACACAUGGGCUUUCGCUUACCUAGUCUGUCGGUGUUAAAUAUUUGGUUACAUUUUCCCGAAAGUUUUUUAUUAUAUUUUUAGGAUCGGAGCGGGCUACGCCCCGUUUUUUUUUGUUUUAGUUUAAAUCAAAAUUAUAUAUUUUAUAUGUUAUCUUGAUAUAUAUAAAUAUUAUAAUUUAUUGUAAAAAUAUAAGUAGCUACAUAAUUAUAAAAUUUUCUGUCUUCCAAAUUUCAAAAUUUUAAUAUCCAAAUUUUUUGAUAUUUUUGUUAUUGGAAAUUUUGUAUAAGGUGAUGAGCAAAAUGAAAAAAAAAAUUGAUUAAAUUUUAGCUAUAUGUUUGAUUGAUUGGAUUGUAGAAAUGUUUCAUUUCACUUAAAUUUUUUAUUGUUUUUAUUUCCAAUUAUUCUCUUAUUAAUUCUUUUUAUCUCACUGUGCUAUUGUGAAUUUGUACCAAUAGGGUUUAAAAGUCGGGAUGCAGCACCUGCUAUUACGUGCUACAAAGACACAUGGGCUUUCGCUUACCUAGUCUGUCGGUGUUAAAUAUUUGGUUACAUUUUCCCGAAAGUUUUUUUAUUAUAUUUUUAGGAUCGGAGCGGGCUACGCCCCGUUUUUUUUGUUUUAGUUUAAAUCAAAAUUAUAUAUUUUAUAUGUUAUCUUGAUAUAUAUAAAUAUUAUAAUUUAUUGUAAAAAUAUAAGUAGCUACAUAAUUAUAAAAUUUUAUGUCUUACAAAUUUCAAAAUUUUAAUAUCCAAUUUUUUUGAUAUUUUUGUUA